CACAGAUGAACCGACACCGGUCCCAUCUCGAACAUUACCGGUCCCGCGGCUUUAUGACGUGUCCGCGCAGGGAACAGCGGCUCGGCGCCGAUUAACUCCCAUUCAAGGAAAAACUAGUCUAAGGAACGGGUGAUAAAACAGCUGUCGUUGUGAAACAUGGACAGCCAGGAAGUAGGAGUCUGGCUAGAGGAGUGCCUCAGUGCUGCUCAACAGCCCAGUCAACCCAGUGAGGCGGUCAAACUGGUCUACUGCAAGUCCAGAGACUCCUUGAAUGCAGAGGUGGCCUCUCUCCUCCAGGAGGCUCUGGAAAUGAAGUGGCCCUUUGUACCAGAAAAGUGGCAGUAUAAACAGUCUCUCAGCGCCACUGAGAAGACCAACCUCACUGACCUCAUCAGCCAGCAUCUACCUCAACUACUGGCUCUGCUGAAGGCCUCCAUCUUGUGUCGGGAGGCUUGCUGGGCGCUGGCAGUUGUCUUCUUGGUGGACCGCUUCCUCUACUGGAUGGACGAGUCCAGCCAGCUACUAAAAAUCACCAAGCUGCUCCACAGACGUCAUCCUGACACCCCAGUUGCCCCCCAGCUGGUCAUACGGCAGGCCAGGGUCUACAUGAACUCUGGCAAGUUACAGAAAGCAGAAUACAUACUGAGCAGUCUGAUUAAUAACAGCGGAGCCACAGGUUGUUGGUUGUACCACACUGAAAGUGACAGGGCUCUCGUACAAGCUGUCAGUAUUCAAGUGCGUGGAUUGGUUUUACAGAAGCUUGGUCUCUGGCUGGAGGCUGCACAGCUAAUCUGGGUGUCUCUCGUUGGCUACUAUGCUCUUCCUAAACCUGAUAAAAAAGGCAUUGGAACAUCACUUGGUGUGCUGGCUAACAUAUUGGUGUCUAUGAAUGAUGAAGACUACCAAGCUUUCAGGACUAAUCCAGAUAUUGAUUUAUCUUUACUCGGAGACCGGAGUCAUCGUCUACUCUCAGCUGCUGAGGCAGCUAAGAUGGCGGUGGUGUACAGUCAGUACACAUCACUUUUUGUACUGACCAAUGUGGUAACUCAGGGGACCUGCUUGUUAUCAUACAGCUUCUCAAAGGAGUGCCCUUUCUCUGAGAGAGACUCUUUCCUUCUGCAAGCUAAAGAGUCCUUCGAGAUUGGUCUCCUCACCAAAGCAGAGGGCGAGCUGGUAACCAGCCAACAGGAGCUUCACACCUUCCUGAAGGCUGCCUACUCUCUGACUAUAACUCACAAGUGGCUGGGAACCUCUUCAGAGGUGCUGACUCAAGCAAUACAAACCUGCCAGAAAGCCCAAGCCCAUUUCUACGACUACUGUCAUGCCAGUAACCAAGACAGAGAUAGCCUCUGUGCUGAUAUAAUGCACCUGAUCUCUCAAGUCGUACCUCUCCUACAGGUGAAACCAUUCCUUAAUUCUGACAGGGGGUCUUUUAUCCCCAAUAGCUACAGAAACCUUGAAGAGAGGCCAAUCAGUUUCACUAUACAUGGUUUCUCCCAGAUGAUUGGGAGGUUCCAGAAGUACCACGCGUCUCUGUGUGAGGUCACUGAAACUGACUGCAAGAGGAAGAUUAAGAAGAAAGAUGGAGUAAGGCUAUGUAUAACUGCACUGGGGACCACCAUUGGUACAGUUAACACUGAGUGUGCCACUGACAACUGCAACGUACCACACAACAAAGUUAAGGGACCAAAGUCGCCUCAGGGAGAGUCAAAUUCAUCAGCCCUGUAUUCACCUCAGAAUGAGGCACUGUGUACUACCCUCGGAAGCACUGAUGAACUUGGCUCUUCAUGGCAGAAGUUUUCAUUUAGUGGCUCAGGUUCUCCACGCCCAAGCAGCAGCAGUUACAAAGGGAGCAGUGGUUGUGUCCAGGAACUUGAAGAAAAUGGAUGUGAUCAGAGUUGCCUGACAACUCAGGACAGUUAUGGGAGUGAUUCUGAGCAGUUUGAAGUGAUAGAAGGUGAUAUAGAAACAUUGGGCAGUGAAGAGGACUGGGUCACUGAUGUUGUUGAUGGGUCACCAAAACCACCAGGUACUACACAAGUCACCCAUUCAGUAUCCCAGUUUAAACUUACAACAUCUUCCAGUUCCCUCAAUGCAAGCUUCAACUCCCAGUCAUCAUGGGUGAAAAUCUCAUCUGACACACAUGAUCCAACUAACACCCAGUCUCAGCAACAUGGCCGAUCAAAACAAGGAACCAGCCAGAGCAGGAAGACACCAGGAUCAGAUGAAUGUUUCUCCAUCCUGGAGACACUUGAUUCUGAAAUCAGUGACUCAGCCAAAGAUAGAAAACUCCCUAUUGCCGAUCCAGCUGGUGGGCAAUUCCACACCUCACCCAAGCCCCAUCUUCUGGAGAGUUUUGAUGUGGAUCCAAAUGCAGAAACUGAGGUGGACUCAGUUCCUUUCGGACACAAGCCUGCCCCCAAGAACCCUUCCACAGCCGCCCAAACAAACUUGAAGCAAUCUGUUCCAGAGCAGUGUGCCUCUACUGUAACCUCCACAGAUAGUUCAUUUGAGAUGCUCGAGGCAAAAGAGACGGGAGGUUCGGGUACCAAGAUCAGCCCAGCAGAAAAACAAACUCCCCCUUACAAGAAGAACCCCUCUUGUUACAGCUGUAUGAAGAAAAGCAUUGUGGGUAAUUUCAGCCCUGACAUACAGUAUUUGUUGACACAGCAGGACUACCGUGCCCUCCUGUCUGGGGUUUGUCAUGAAUGUCUGCUGAAAAGACUGCAGAGUGACAAGAUCAAAUUCAAACUCAAGAAAUACAGACUUUCUCACAGUGCUCUGCAUUUGAAGUUCUCAAGGGCCACGGGCCUCUGGACAGCGAGGGAGACAUGCGUAUACAUUGGAGAUUCAAUGAACAUGAAUGGGGCACAGAGAACAGCAUUGUGGGUACAGUUUCUACACCAAGAGGAGCGGUUAAGCAGUUACGUGGGGAAGGACUACUUGAAGCCAAAGGAGAUCCAGUUCCACCUGAAAGAUGUGGAGCGACAGAUGACGGCUCAGUACUAUGUGACAGAGUUUAACAAGAGACUCUAUGAAAAGGAGGUCACCGCUCAGAUCUUCUUCAUUCCCGCUGAGGUGCUACUGAUGUUGGAGGGGGAUGAGAUUGUCGGCUGCAUAACAGUCGAGCCCCAUAUGCUCGGCGACUUCGUCAAGCUAACCAACAACACUGUAAAGAAGGACAGGCGGUUCCAGGCCACGGACUACGGCAUCGCCUUCGGCCAUUUCACCUACCUGUUUUCCAACUGCCAAGAAGUUGUCGUGGACUUACAAGGGUGGGUGACAGCCAAUGGCAAAGGGCUGACCUACCUGACGGACCCCCAGAUUCACUCCAGCAAGAUUCCCAAGGGUCCCUCCAACUUUGCUGAAAGGGGCCUUAGGUUCUUCCUGGAGGAGCAACACGGAGCAGAAUGCAAUGACAUCUGCCGGUGGCUCAGACUACCUCACAUACCUCCUCCUCGGGAACUGUGAGAAUGCGUGUGUGUGUGUGUGUGUGUGUGUGUGUGUGUGUGUGUGUGUGUGUGUGUGCCAGCCCUACUGACAAAGUGAAAUUGAUCCUUUAUUUAGCCAGGAAGGUCCCACUGAGAUACGAGAUCUCAUAAUAAAUCAUUAGUAAGUCUGAUGUGAAUGUGAAGAAAGAAUGUGAUGUGUGUGUGGUGUGGCAGUGGAAACAUUUAUUCAUGAGUUUGUUGAAUGUUGUGAGCUGGAGGGGGACAUGUUGAAAAUGAAGGGAUUAUGAAGUAGAUGUUGGAGAGGUGCGGGGGCGGCACACUGGCGCAGGGGUUAGCGCAGCUGCCUCACAGCAAGAAGGUCCUGGGUUCGAACCCCCAAGGUUGUCCAACCUUGGGGGUCGUCCCGGGUCGUCCUCUGUGUGGAGUUUGCAUGUUCUCCCCAUGUCUGCGUGGGUUUCCUCCCACAGUCCAAAGACAUGUAGGUCAGCUGAAUCAGCCGUACUAAAUUAUCCCUAGAUGUGUGU